AGCAGCGCGUCUCGCCUGGCGCUGCCUCACCAGAAGAAGAAGAAGAAGAAGACGCGAGGGGGAACAAGAGGCGAUUUCUUUUUCUCUCUGCCCAGUUGGUGAUUUUUCUUCAAGACUUGUGCCGGAACUUGAUCGUCGCCGCCACAGUGAGCUCCACCAGUUGUGUUGUGCUGCUGCUGCUGCUGCUGCUGCAGGCGCGGUCUCACCGACCUGCUCCAUUAUUCACUGACAGUCCAUGCUACCUCGGUUGAUUAUUUCAAUAUUCCGCGCACCUUUCCCACUGAUGGGUGUACUGGAUGGCUGCCUGUAAGCGCCCCUGGACUUGGCCUUUAAGCGCAAGGCAGCGACUCAGCUCGCCACCGCAUCAGUUGUGAAAACGUGCUUUCGUCUCCAACAGCAAUAACUCGACAGUUUUUCUCUCUCUCUCUCUCUCUCUCUCUCCCUCUCUCUCCCUCUCUCUCUCUCCCGGGAGAUCCGGAGUGGAUUCAACGUUUAGGCUAGAUUUGACAAUUUUUUUUGGUGUGUGGCUGUCGACCACAGUUCCCUCGCGUUUCCCCGAGACGUCUGUUCACCGCGACACCAAAACGGCAGACAAAAAGUUUCUCUACGUUGACUGAUAGAUAUGGCAAUGGUAGUGUGGAGAGGCUCCCAGGACGAUGUGGCUGACACCCAAGGCGCCCUCUCCUCGCAGACCCAGGGAGGACUAUCUCUUCCCACCCCUCAACCAGGCCAGUUGAACCUGACCGCCUCUCAGGUGGCCCCUCCGACCCCCCAGACCGCGGUCCAGGGGCCCCCGAACAACACGCAGUCCACGCCGACGAACCAGACGACGCAGCAGUCGGAGAAGCAGCCGCAGCACAUCGAGUGCGUGGUGUGCGGGGACAAAUCCAGCGGCAAACACUACGGCCAGUUCACUUGCGAGGGCUGCAAGAGCUUCUUCAAGCGGAGCGUACGACGGAACCUCACCUACACGUGCCGCGCCAACAGGAAUUGUCCGAUCGACCAACACCACCGCAAUCAGUGUCAAUACUGCCGCCUCAAAAAAUGCCUCAAAGUCGGCAUGAGACGGGAAGUUUCUCUUUUUACUGCAGCCGUGCAAAGGGGACGGGUGCCACCCACACAGCCUCACCACGGCCAGUUCGCCCUGACGAACGGAGACCCACUCCACUGCCAUUCCUACUUAUCCGGAUAUAUCUCUCUUCUGCUGAGAGCGGAGCCCUACCCGACGUCCCGGUAUGGCAGUCAGUGCAUGCAGCCCAACAACAUCAUGGGCAUCGAGAACAUUUGUGAACUAGCCGCCAGGAUGCUCUUCAGCGCCGUGGAGUGGGCCAGGAAUAUUCCCUUCUUCCCCGACCUGCAGAUCACAGACCAGGUGGCUCUGCUGAGGUUGACGUGGAGUGAGUUGUUUGUGCUGAACGCGGCGCAGUGCUCCAUGCCCCUGCAUGUGGCUCCUCUCCUGGCCGCGGCCGGCCUCCACGCCUCCCCCAUGUCCGCGGACAGAGUGGUGGCCUUCAUGGACCACAUUAGGAUCUUCCAGGAGCAAGUGGAGAAGCUCAAAGCUUUGCACGUUGACUCUGCCGAAUAUAGCUGCUUAAAGGCAAUUGUGCUCUUCACCACAGAUGCUUGUGGCCUCUCAGAUGUGGCCCAUGUGGAAAGUUUGCAGGAGAAGUCCCAGUGCGCCCUGGAGGAAUAUGUCCGGAGCCAGUAUCCAAACCAGCCAACACGGUUUGGGAAGUUGUUACUCCGCUUGCCUUCCCUCCGCACAGUCUCUUCCUCGGUCAUAGAACAAUUAUUUUUCGUCCGAUUGGUAGGUAAAACCCCAAUUGAAACUCUCAUCAGGGAUAUGUUGCUUUCGGGGAGCAGUUUUAACUGGCCUUACAUGUCAAUUCAGUAAACCAAGAAGGAGACGAACAAACAAAAGGUUGGGGUUGAGGGUGGGGGGUGCGG